AUGCCAGACUCCGCGAAGAAAGUUAAGGGUCGCCCUUUCUGUUUCAGCGUGAAAGGCCAAGUGAAGUUACUGCGGCUGGCCCUAACGGUGACAUCAAUGGUCUUUUUCAUUAUCGCACAAGCACCUGAACCAUACAUUGUUGUCACUGGAUUUGAAGUUGUCAUUGCUUUAUUUUUCGUGAUUUUAUAUAUGCUCAGACUCGAUCGCUAUAUGACCUUCUUGUUUUGGCCUUUGCUUGAUGUUGUCAACUCCCUAGUCACAGUAACAUUCAUGAUAGUCAUAGCUGUGUUGGCACUGCUACCAGAAACCAAGACACCCACCGUCCUUGGAGGGGUGUUUGGAUUCCUGACAUCAGUGUCCUGUCUUGUGGAUGCAGCACUUAUUUACCGGAAACUUCUAUUUAAUCCCGGUGGCCCUUAUAAGAAAACUUCUGCGCAUAACAGAGUUUAA